CUGCUCAGGAAAAACCUGUAGCUUUUUGUUGUCUAUCUUUCUCCCCAUGGUAAUCAUAUAGACUAUAUUAAUCAAUCGAUUGACUACAUACGAUCAUAACGUCCUGUUCGUUUUAUUUUAGUUGGCAUCCAUUAAACACAGGAGAUUUUGUGGGUUUACGGUUCGUGCCUGCCAAGUGCUGUAUUUACAUUUCCAACAGUGUUACAUCAUGACAUUGGAGAAUUGCCUCAACAGACGAGAUGAAGGAAGAUCCUGUGAUGUGAAAUAAGAAUAGAUUAAGGGAUGAGGCCGGGAUUUGAGUGGGGAAAUAGGUAGCCGGGAUGAAAGGGCUGCCAUGACUGUGGUAAUAGUUGUAGGUUCAGUAGAUCUGAGGACUAGCAUGAAAUGACCCAUAUUGUUUCUGUAUUCACACUGCUGCUUGGGUUGCUGUAGGCCCGUAAAGCCCUGGCAGACCGGCAGAAAGAUCUGGAAGUGAAGACCCAGCAGCUGGACAUCAAGCACAUGAACAAACACGAGGAGGACAUCAAGAAGGCCCGGCGGAAAUCCACACAAGCAGGUGAUGACCUCAUGCACAAUGUGGACCUGUACAACCGGGCCCAGUCCAAGUGGUUUGAGGAGAUGGUCACCACAAGCCUGGAGCUGGAGAGACUUGAGGUUGAGAGGGUGGAGAUGAUACGACAGGAUUUACGCCAGUUCACAACGCUGCGACAUGAAACUGACAUGUUCAACCAAAGUACGGUGGAGCCAGUGGAUCAGCUGCUUCAGAGUGUGGACCCAGCCAAAGACCGAGAGCUGUGGGUGCAGGAGCACAAGACCGGGGAUCUCCGCCCUGUGGACAUGGACAUAUAGUUAACUACACUGACGUACCUCAAGAAGCCAGAGGCAACCCCUCCACCUCCAUACUGUCAA